CGCUAGUCGUUGAUGAUCACAACUGAUUUUAGGCGAGAAACGUAUAUAUAUAUUGAGUUCUGUAAUCAUUCAUCACAGAGUAUAGAAAGUCACUGAACAGUAACAAGUCCUACGUUGAAGAAAUGGCUGCUGUGUUGUUUAGGAUUGCUUUAAUAUCGCUUAUUCCCGGAGGUAUUUCAGGUUUAACUCAUUUAUAGUCAUGAUUUGCUCUCUAUUAGCCAAACCUGAGCGGGAUCGCUUCUCCAAUCAGAGUUUACUUUCCUCUUGGAUAACAAAGAUUGAAUUAGUUUACAUCUAAAUGACUCUCCCUUUGCAUCCUUGAAUGUUUAAGCAAUAUUUUGUGGCAUUUUAUGCCAGUCACCGAGAAAUGAAACAUUCUGUGUCAAGGGGUUGGAAUUCGAAAGCUGCUUGAUCUCGGCCGGUGCCAGAUUGAAAUUUCCAUAAGUUGAAUUUGGGAAUAACUUUCCUUUAAGCCAAUGAUUUGACGGUUUUUGUUGCAAAAAAUUCUAGAACAUUAUGGCUUACUCAUUUUGUUUCAGUUUCUAUGAAGUACUUAGUAGUAUACCUUCUUAAUGUGUAAGUCGAUGUAUGAGUAAUGAUCACCGAGAUAUUGAGUAGCUUUGUGUUUUGAUACAAAAAAAAACGGUCGCCAAAACAUUUCACGUACGGAUUAGACGGCGAUUUUCAAGAUAGUUUCAUUUGAUUCACACUUUUUCCUUUGGUUUUAAUGGGCUGAAUCAUACAAGAUGUCGUGUUUUGAACGCUCCGAUUUUAAAAGUGGUACGUAACCUUCUUGUGUGAGUCACUCUUGAAAUAAUCAGAUUAUAGGUCAAGUAAAUUCCUGUGUGUGACCAAAGAGAGAUCAAAGGAAAAGUCGUGGGGGUGGGGGUGGGGGAAGAUACGAGCAGGCAUAUUACAAGCGAAUAAUUAUGCAAAAUCAUGUAGAGUGAGAAACCCAGAAAAAAUGUCAUUCACUGGCUUAAUUUUUUUUUCGCAUAAACGGGCAUUUAUCGUAGCUGGGGUCGGAUUUCUUACAGAUCAUUUCUUUUAUUCGAGCGUAAGACUGAGUAAUAACUCUUCCUCAUUCGGAACCCAGAAUGCUUUUCAAGAAAUUUUGAAGCUAAUUGAGGGGGUUCAUGCCAUCACGUGAAAGGCAAUGACACACAAUGCAAAAAUCCCAUUCACCUUCACUUCAGGGAGAAACUAGUCUUACUUUAACGAUGGUUGAGGUAGAUGGGCAUACUUAAAACUUCUGUUGGAAACAGUCAGUAUUUAUCAAAUGGGGGAUGGAGCAUUUCAGUUGCGGCACAGUAAAACUUACCUCAGCCCCUCCCCCAUUAGGUUCUUUAGUAUUCUAAUGAUUACCCCUCAGUGUCAGUCAAUUUUUCUCCAGUCUUAGUCUUAGCAAAAAAAAAAAAAAAAAAGAUUCUUCGAACCCCCCCCCUCCCCAGGCCAGAAACAAUGAGUAGUACCCAUCUCUUUUGUGAGAGAGAGAGUUUCCCAUAGUCGCUUUUGACGCCAACUUACGCAAGACAGUCUUUCCUGGGGCGAAGAGUAAUAAUGGUAAUUUUUUUGUUUACUUUUGUACAGCACUCUGUCUUUAUUGUUGGGGCUGUUACUCAGAUAAGUCAUGGGCUGAUUGCGAAAGUAAGCUAGAGUCGCAUCUAUGCCCAGUUGGCUCUGUCUGCCAGAUAGAAGAAUUUACCGAGACAAAUCCUAAAGGAGUACCUAAAACUUACUACUUCAAAACGUGUGGACUGCAGAGCCACUGUGAUGGGUCAGAAUGCAACUUACAGGAGGGAAAUGUAACCCACACGUGUGUAUUCCAUUGCUGCUGCUAUGACAAUUGUAAUACUGGCAUUCUGUGAGUUAAUGCCGGCUGUCAUUGGUUAUCGCAAAUUUGUUAUGCUGUUCCCACUUGUCGAAUGUUGGUAUUCAACUUUAACUUGAAACAGAUUACGGAACUUCCCUGACUAAUGACAUAGGACUUUUGUAUUCUUUUGUGUACAACGAUACAAGAAAAAUAUAUUUGUCUUUAUUGUAUUAUUAAGAGGAGCUUUCGAGAGUCUGAAAACCCAAGCUAAUUUUCAAUUAGUUGUUAUUAUUGUGGCUGUUCUUUUAAUCUGCCGUGCUUUCUGCCUCAAUAACACAGUUAUCUGUGAGAGGGAAAAAAUUCCUCUAAGCGUUAUGUUGAUUUAAGUACCUCACACUUGGAAGACUUCAUGAACAUUCUGAAAAAUCCAUUUCUGUGGCGGUUUUCCCCGAGAUCAGGGUUUGUCCUCACAAAAUCAACUCGCGACUUGUCAAACGUGCAGGCACGUAAUACGAGCAUGUGAGAGGAUUUGAUUUUUUCAAAAUUUUCCACUGUAAUGUAUAAUCCUUCACAAAUUGUUUGCGUAGGUGUUAGCUGAGAUUUGUUGCGACUAUUUUGUUACAUCACUGUUCGGCAAGGCUGAUUCUCAUUGUAACCUCCAGCUUUUUGUAAAGACUGGGACCCUUGAGAAGAUCACGAAAGCUAGAACGGACCGGCUAGUACUUUCGAUGCAACGAUCUUUUUUUUUAUGCAAAAGAAAAAAAAUGCUUUAUCGGAUAUUUUACAUAAUGGGCACUUCAAAGAGAAAACAAAAUACUA